AUGGCCGAACACGCAGCAGCGGUGCGCCGAAAUGACGCCAGCUCUCAAGUUGCAGCUCAUUCAACGAGAUCCGGCCACACAUUCAAAUUCGAUGAGGCCGACAUUCUCGCAAGAGGUGACAACCGAGUGAGCCGGGAGCUACUGGAAUCAUGGUUUACUGGCCCCCAGUCCAUCAACAAGUGCAACGAUCUUCCCAUUCCAUACUCCGUACUGAAACUUCGCUUAGGCGGGGUUACAAGCCAUGCGGGCAGCACAGAGGUGAACACUCUUCCCAACACCGGGGUCGAUGCGUCAGAUGGUCGAGCAAUCAUCACGCCAACAUCCAACGCACGUGAUGAAAUUGCAGCAGUUAUCGACGCGAAUGUCGGCCAUCAAGCAAUAAUCACACCAAGUGCGACAAUCCCGGAUUAAGGGGGGAGCCGUGAACGUUCAUAGGUAUGCGGUAGCAUGGCUACUGCAUCCUAUAAAUACCGCAGCCCCUUGUGCAACAACCACCCGUUUCUGCUCUUUUGUCUCUGAUGAUGGAUUCGAGUAGGAAUCCAAAACGUCAGGCUAAUAAAGCUCUUGUCCCGGCGAUCGUGUCCUCUUCUUCAACACUGGAAUACCGCAAACAUUUCCUCCACAGCAACAAUCUUCCGGCGACCUACAGCGGGAUGCUCCAAGACCAGAAGUCACUCAUCAACCCCAAAUCUCAAGGAGCUUACGUACGCUCGGAUCGGCUCGAGGAGAUAUUGAUGCGCCUGAAAGACAGCCUCAUUGCAGUUACCACUAGCGGCCCGUGACGAAAACCACACCGUUGGCGUACUUCUUCCGUUUUCCACACCUGCCGUACACUAUGUCCAAGUAGCGCCUGCUGGUAUCACAACAAUUUGGAGGAACAGCUCGACAAUGUCUUCAGCCAGGCUCUUACAAUGUAUUUCUAACGGUCUCAGGGAGACGAUCCCACCCGACAGCAGAGGCCACUGCAGCUGGAAGCGUUGCAAAUCUUCACACUCACCGUCCGUUUCGCUGGGACCGUAUCGUUGGCGCCAAAUUAUUUGGCGAAUCUGGUGCCGAGGUUAGCGUGGUUCCACCAACUGCGGCCGAACGCAAAACCCGCAGCACUUUUUGUCUAACAGCUGCCAACAACUCCAGCAUCCCCACCUUUGCACGGCGCUCCAUCACACUUGAUGUGAGACUUCGUCGGAUUGUCCGACUGGUUUUCAUUAUUGCCGACAAUUUCGUCGCCCUCAUAGGUGCCGACGUCCUAGCUCACUUCAAUCUUCUAGUAUAUUUGAGGAGUCGCCGACUCGUCGACUGCAUCACCAAACUUCAUGCCCGUUGUCAAUCCGAUGCGAGCCCCUGCGUCAACCCUCUCACUGUUAUGCCUGUAUCUGACUGUCCUUUCUGCUCACUCUUCGGGCAGCUCCCCGGCCUGACCAACCCACCAUUUCGAGAAGUGGACAUCAAACACACAGUCACCAACCACAUUUCCACCACCGGACCUCCCAAAUCUUGCCGACCAUGUCGUCUUGCCCCGGAACGUUUGAAGAUUGCCAAGGCAUAG